AGCCUGUUUAUCAAGGGGGUGGAAAGGUUUUCCAAGAAUAAAAGUUGAGAAAAAAAAAGCAAGCCUGCUUAUCAAGUAAACUUGAAGUUUUUGAGUUAAUAUUUCUCUGGCAAGAAGAAGGUGUUUUGCCUGCUCUUGUUAUUUUGGGUUGUGUGAGCAGCAGUCUGCAGGGAGGCAAAGGAGGCGGAUGUUUAGAGUGGGAGGCUGCAGUCUAUGUUUUCGUUCAUGAAAAGGGAGCAGGGGGUCUUUACCCUAAGACAGCCUCUGAUCUCGCCUGUUGGGGCCCCAUCCCUCCAUAUGCUAUCCUCUGGACCAUGACCCUGGACCCCAGACCCAUGGAUGAGACGGACAUUGACGUCGAUGGUCAUACCGACUGUGAUGACACGGUGAGCGCGGAGUUUUGUGUAUUCAGUGAGAACCCCGCGUCGACCACGGCUCCUGCUGUCCCUGUACAGGAUGUUCAGAGCAGGAGAUCCGCCUCUAAGCCUCCGUUCUCUUACAUCGCUCUCAUCACCAUGGCGAUCCUCCAGAGCCCAAAGAAGAGGCUGACCCUCAGUGAGAUCUGUCACUUCAUCAUCCAGCGCUUCGCUUAUUAUCGGGAGAGGUUCCCUGCGUGGCAGAACUCCAUCCGCCACAACCUGUCUUUAAAUGACUGCUUCGUGAAAAUGCCACGGGAGCCCAGCAAUCCUGGCAAGGGGAACUACUGGACGCUGGAUCCCAUGUCUGCCGACAUGUUCGCAAACGGGAGCUUUCUUCGCAGAAGGAAACGUUUCAAGCGGCAGCGCUUGUAUCUGGGAGCGCUGAAGGAGCGCGCCCUGCAGGAGCGUUGCAGCCCGUCUGCGGACUCCCCGUUUGGGUCUGAACUCCACAGUACCGAUUCAAGCCACCAAGCGAGCUCAGGGGGCCGACUACGAUUCCAGGUUUGUCCCAGGAUCCCACCUGCGGGCAGCAUGACCCCAGCGCUCUCCUCGCUCCUCUCCGGGAAUUCUCUGCUCAUGUUUGAACACUGGACCGCAGGAUUCCCAUCAAUAGGUCCAAACCUUCUCCUUCCUUCCGCCUCGCUGCACGGAUUACCAUCCUAUCCCGCUUCCCAGAUGCCAGUUUUCUCCUUAAAGGUUUCUCCCAGUUUAAUCUAAGGUCAAGAAUCUUUUUUUUUGCAUUGAUUUGAACUGCAGUCAUCCUCUCUAUAGUAUAACUGUACAUGUGCAGCUAUAGGUUGUUCACACAAACAGGCCAUAUUUAUCGAUUUGACUAAUGUCUCACAUUUAGUGUUGGUUUAAAUAAAUCUGUUUGAUUCUAAAAGUACUGUGUGCAUAUGGAAUUAAUCAAAUGAUUCUUAAUUUAUGCUAUUUAAAAAAAAAUCAAGUUUAACAAUAUUUUAGAAAAUUGAGACUAAAAACUUAAAAAAAUUGAUAAUAAUAAUAAUGAUUAUAAUAAUAAUAAUACAGCAGUGUUCAGAAAAUAAACAGCAUAUUUGUUGAUCAGAGGGGCAUUUUUUUUUUUUUAUUGUUUUGAAGAAGAAAAAAAAAUUUAGGAAAACGCAACAUGUAAUAUUCAUUACAAUUAAACAGGACUGCAGUAGCGAUAUGAAUAAUUGUUUUGUUCGGUUUACACUAAAUGUAAUUUUCGGAUAAAUGCCUGUGUUUUAUUUUACGGUUAAGAAGCGUCAGAGAUUCUUUAAGCAAUAUAGACAUUCUGCCACACUAAUAAACGCACAAAGGAAUAUAAGAUUUAAUUAAGCUUUAAAGUUAAGGAGAUCCAGGUACGCUGUUCAGAGCACCGCAAGCUUUCUAACAAUGAAACUUCAGUAAUUUUUUCCCAUUUAAUAAGUUAAUGCAUUUUUCUCAAUACAAUUUAAAAGAUCUAUAUUAUGUUUCAGCAUGGGAGAGUACGGAAUAUCUUCAGCAGUUUUUUUGCAAAUGAUCUGAAACAGAAGUGGAUGCAAUUAAAUAAUGUUGUCCUGCAGGGGGCCAUCCUGACCGAUCCUUUCAUGUAAAAUAAUUGACGUCUGCUUCAGAGCGUUUCUUUAAAAACAAUAUAAUAAUAUGUAACUAUUUCAGUUGAUAAGAUACAGUAAAAUAGAUAUUUUACAUUAUUUGCACAUUCUUGUCAUAAUACUGAAAUGAGAUAAAUGUUAAAUAAAUGUGUUUUGCUCUAAA